UUCAAAGGCCCUGCAUAGAACAUGGUGAUGAGUUUCCGAGUCUCGGAUCUUCAAAUGUUGCUGGGGUUUGUUGGCAGGAGUAAAAGUGGACUUAAACACGAACUGGUCACCAGAGCACUGCAAUUGGUUCAAUUUGACUGUAGCCCUGAAGUUUUCAAGAAGAUUAAAGAGCUCUAUGAGACUCGCUAUGCCAAGAAGAGCUCUGAAGCAGGGCAGCCCCAGCCGCAGCAGCACCGCUCUCCUGAUGCGCUCUCCAUACAUUCUUCAUACGACCGUGGGAGCUCUGUUGCUAGGACUUCUAUCUCGACUACUAAUAUUGACUAUCCUGCACUCUAUGGGAAAUACCUUAAUGGACUGGGAAGGUUGCCACCCAAAGUCGUAAAGCCUGAAGUUCGGCUGGUGAAACUUCCCUUCUAUACGACCCUGGAUGAACUGUUGAAGCCAACAGAAUUAGUUCCGCAGAAUAAUGAGAAGCUUCAGGAAAGUCCGUGCAUUUUUGCAUUGACGCCGAGACAAGUGGAGCUGAUCAGAAAUUCCAGGGAGUUGCAGCCUGGCGUGAAAUCGGUUCAGGUUGUGCUAAGGAUCUGCUACACAGACACUAGUUCUCCUCAGGAGGAUCAGUAUCCCCCAAACAUUGCAGUGAAAGUGAAUCACAGUUACUGCUCAGUGCCGGGCUACUAUCCAUCAAACAAACCGGGCGUGGAACCGAAGAGGCCCUGUCGUCCCAUCAACCUCACCCAUCUCAUGUACUUGUCUGCAGCAACUAAUCGCAUCACCGUAACCUGGGGGAACUACGGAAAGAGUUAUUCCGUGGGGCUCUACUUGGUGCGGCAGAUGACCUCAGCAGAGCUGCUGCAGAGGUUGAAAACCAUUGGGAUCAAGCAUCCAGAACUGUGCAAAGCACUUGUAAAAGAGAAGUUACGCUUGGACCCAGACAGUGAAAUUGCUACUACAGGUGUUCGUGUGUCUCUCAUCUGUCCGCUAGUGAAGAUGCGGCUGUCUGUCCCGUGCCGGGCAGAGACCUGUGCACAUCUACAGUGCUUUGAUGCCGUCUUCUACCUACAGAUGAAUGAGAAAAAACCCACAUGGAUGUGCCCUGUGUGUGACAAACCGGCACCCUACGACCAGUUAAUAAUUGAUGGGCUCCUGUCAAAGAUACUGACGGAAUGUGAAGAUGCAGAUGAAAUAGAGUAUCUGGUGGAUGGCUCCUGGUGUCCCAUCAGAGCUGAGAAAGAGCGGAGCUGCAGCCCUCAGUGUCCAAUAUUAGUUUUAGGUUCUUCAGAUGUAAACGGGCUGUUGCCCCCUCCGAACAGCAACGCUGAGAACGGCAAGGCCACUGCUGAUGUUGUGGAUUUAACACUGGACAGCUCCUCAUCGGAGGAAGAGGAGGAAGAAGACGAAGAGGAAGAUGACGACGAUGAUGGACCCCAACCAAAACGACGCUGCUCUUAUGAGAAAGGUUUAGUUUCUGCCUGCUGACUGUGGAAGUGGCUCUGGAUCUCAGAAUGGACAGACUUGAAUACUCUGGUGCUUACUAAACUGGAGGAGGGGGAGAACGUCUUCUCCCACCUCAUCUCCCUUCCUCCCUGAUCACCCUUGACUUUCCUAUUCCAAGUUAACCAUUAAAAUGAGAGAAAACAAAAAAAAAAGGCAAAACAAACAAAAAAACAAAUAAAAAUAAAACCAUUGAGCUGCUUCUUGGUUGGAAAACUACCCCACUCAAAGCCUGACCCAGAACCGGAGCUUGAAGUAAGGAAAGUGUCUUAAGCCAGGCAGUCGGAAGCAGCAGUUGGCUGCUCUGUGCUGCCCUUCCCGAGUGCGGUUUGAAUCUGUGGAGUUCACCUGCAGACCUCCAGGACAUCCAACUCCUGCGCAUCUCCAAAGCUGUGUGCAUUUUAUUGUCUUGUUAAAUAACCAUUCCUGAUUAUCUAAAGUUUUGCUGGACAUGUUUCUUUCGGUCACGAAGCGGCGCGCGGCCUGUUGCUGGCGCUGCCCACGGCGCCGCGGGGCGAGGACGGAGCCGAGGGACGAUGCGUGGAGCCCCGUGACCGCGUGUUCGCAGCCUCUGGACUUUCCACUUCUCUGUUCAAGACUUUGGUCCCAGACCCAAAGCUACUGCUAUGCUCUCGAUGGCAAAACGUUGUUGCUUUUGAGUUUCCAAGCCUUUUGACUUUGUCGUAGAGAAUUUUUUUUGUUUGUUUUGGCAUUAACUUGGCCUAAGCGGCUCUGCUGGUCCCACUAAAGCCUCCGAAAUCUCUUUUGCUUUGGAGCUCUGACUUUUCUCAGUGGUAGAUGAGAAUAAGCGUGGGGAGGAGGCUGGCGU